CAGAUUUAUACCAAGUUGACGGAGACAGCCGAGCGUAUGGAUGCAUGAGACUACCAAUCAUAGUUUGAGGCGGAAGACACAAAAUAUAUAAAAGCUUGUUUUUUGUGCGAAACUUCCAUAAACCGCUCCAAAGUUGAUGUUAUACAGAGUAUCCCAAAAUGACCGGUGUCGUUUCCCUCCUCGCCGUCUCUUUGACCAUUACUGUUGUCAUGAACGUGAUAGAUGCACAGGUUUGUUCGGGCACCGUGAAGUGUCUCACAGACUACGGCAGAGCUGGAAAAUCGCUUUUAGACAAGGAAAAACAAUGCAAAGCUGCUAGAGAUUAUCUGACAUGUCUGGAAACUGCUGCAGAAGGUUGUGGUGGUGACACCGAUUCAAUAGUAAAGCCCGCCAAAGAUGCACUGUCAGCGGGAGGAUGCUCCGGAUCCGGUGCACCUGUCCUGAGUUUUCUAACCAUUGUUUUGGGAGUCGUCCUUUCCCGAUAUUUUUAAUAUAAUUUAUGAUAAUAAAAAAGAAAACAAAGCUAAAAUAGAAAGAACUCACGUCCCCUCAAAACUUUAUUUCAUUAAGCAAAUAAGAAUACAUGUACUAAUUUUCUUUCACAAACUGCAAGUCAAAAAGUAAAGAUUCCUCAAUAUUUGACCGUAUACUAUUUCCAUUUAUAAACGACAGCUUUAUUUUGGACCUUCUAUAAUACUAGAGGAAGACACAUGAAAGACUUCUUUCAAUUUUUUUUUCUUCGAUCAUUAAAGAUUUUUCAAACAUC